AUGCAAUUGCCCUGUCAUCUGGCGAAUAAUAAAAGAUUCCUUGCUGGUGACGAUGAAGGUAAUGAUGAUGACGAGGAUGAUAACGAUGACGAUGAAGAUGAAGACAAAGCAAGAAGCCCGAUCAAUUUGGUGAUUAUCGAAGCUUGCGACUAUGACACUCGGUUCCAAUACAAGCCAAUCCCGGCAUUGUUCAAUGAAUCCUAUGUUGCUGCUGCUCGGGCAACGAUGCAAAUGCCGAAAUUGGAGUAG